AUGAAGAGGACAGUACGACUCGCUCAACAAUUUGUUACGGCCGUCGGAUGUGCUAACGGGAAUGGAGGACGACAUCUUGGUUGUGAACAUGCUGUAAAAACUCUACAAAGCUCAAAAUUUCUUGAACAAGUCCGAGUCCCGAUACGAUGGAAUAAGAUCGUGGAAGAGGUCACAACUGGACGACAUUUUGAUGCGCUAGCUGGUGUUACCAAGACAUGCGAAGAACUCGCUUUCCACGCAAGAAAAGUGAUCGAGAAUAAGGAAGAACUCCUGGUGCUUGGAGGUGAUCACAGUUGUGCUAUGGGAACGUGGAGUGGUGUAGCUUCAGCACUUCGACAGGAUGGUGAUCUGGGACUCAUCUGGGUUGACGCCCACAUGGAUGCUCACACACCAAGCACUACUCCUAGCGGAAAUAUUCAUGGAAUGCCUGUUGCACAUUUACUUGGAUUUGGUGAUAAAAAUCUGACUAGACUCGGUGAUGGUAUGCCUAAAAUUCUCCCACAUAAUAUGUGUAUGGUCGGAAUACGAAGUUAUGAACCAGGAGAACAAGAACUUCUUGAAAAACUUGGUGUACGAAUUUUCUAUAUGGAUGAGGUGGAUCGACGUGGUAUCGCUGAAGUUAUGCAAGAAGCACAAUAUUUAGUAACAAGGAACACAAUCGGUUUUGGAAUAUCGAUUGAUAUUGAUGGUUUCGACGUUAGUGAUGCUCCGGCUGUCGGCACUCCCGAAGAGAACGGUAUAAACGCGAAUGAAUUUUUACGAGCGCUUCUAACAUUGGAUCUCUCAAAAUUGGUUGCAACUGAAAUCGUGGAAUUUAUGCCGGAAAGGGAUGAUGAACACAAAUCAAGUGAACGGCUUGUGGUGAACUUAAUGGAGGCGAUCUAUCUCACCAAAUUCUUCCAACAAAAUACAGCAAUCGGUCUCGAAGAGCGAAUGAUGGCUACUGCAUAA